UUUACUUAAAUCCGACUAUUGUUAGAAGUUGGUUAGGAUUCUCCCCCUAAGGCAUAAUAAACACUACUAUCAUCAUGCGUCAAAUUUGCCACCACCCGUAUCAUUAGAUUGUUUGGACUGAUAACAGUGAACAUCACUUCCCUUAUCUCUCCUUUUUUUUUUUUGAAAAAAAAAAAAUCUGGGACAAUUUAUCAGAUUGCCACAACCCCCCAAUUCCCCCCUCCUCUCAUACUUGUCUCUGUUAGUGCUUGUAUGUGUGUGUUUUGUUUUGGGUAUUUCGAACAUUUUCCAAUCUGCAGCGUGACCAGCAAUCCGGGUGUUUAGCAGUGAAGGGACGGAUCAGUUGUUGUCUUCUUCCUUUUUUUUUUCUUUCCUUUGCACUUUAGAUGCAAAUGGGAGUGGCUACAGAACUGCAAAUUGGAGCGGAUGAUCAUCAUCACACGUCCACCUCCACUAUUUGGCUGAACAGGAGGAGAAGUGCCUCCUGCAAAGGAAUUACUCGGUCAAAUCACUGUGAUAAGAAGGGUAGUGGGUCAGACAAAAAAGCAAGUGAUCAUGGCAAUGCAUCCAACAAGCAGCAGAAGCAGCUUUGCCUUUGUGCUCCAACUACCCAUGCUGGCUCGUUCAGGUGCCGGCUCCACAGAGCCGCUGACACUGCAAAUGCUGCUACUGCUCACAAGCCAUUGGUGUCAUCUUCAAUCAAGUGCAGCGGCAAGAAAAGCUUCGGUUCAAGAAACAUGGCAGAGUCCCGGAUCGGAACCCUUGAUCUCCAAGCCACCCUUCCCCGUCUGUCCAGAUUUGGCAGGGCUGCUGUUGCUGCCAGCACCAGCGCUUGCCAUCCAAUUUCAGUAGCAUUGCGAAACAACGAACCGUUUUGUCAGCCUCGAGUCCUUAACAAACACUAGAAUUAUGCAAGCCCCGGUCUAACUAUUGCUGUGGCAGGAAGUUUUCGUUUCCUGGAACUUGUAUAUAAGUAGCAGUACAUCUUUUGUUUGUACGUUCGGUUUUCCUUUGCGUCAGCGGAAAGUGUGAUUUUUUAGUACUUUCUGCAGACUGCCAUGGAUGGAUGGCACUGUGGCUAUUUUUUGAGUACUGAGCUGCAUGGUGCAUCUUGAUUUUCAUUUGUUUCAAGUGCUCUUUUGCGUCCUUAUUUUAUGAGU